AUGUCAGAAGGACGUGAACAGUCAAGUGUUCCUUCUUGGGAUGGCGCAGCUCGAUCCUGGCGGCGCUUUACCUGGGAGGUUGCCUGGUUUGUGCAGAGCACCCCCAUCCACAAGAGAAGAUACUGUGCCUCCAAGCUGUUGAGCCGCUUGGGUGGCCCUGCUCGCCUCUUGGCUAUGAGUUGGUCGAAGAUGACUUUCGAUCAGGUGAAUGGCACCAAACUGCUACUCCAACGAUUGGCUUCGAGCCCCUUGGUUCGAAAGACUUUGCCGAACGCGGCAGCCAUCUGUCAACAGUACUUUGCCUUUCGCCGCAAUCCUGGUGAGUCCAUUGGCAAUUUCCUUGUGAGAGAGACUCUUGUUCAUGAGGAGUUUGUGGAAGCAAUCAUACGUCUUCACGAAGAUCGCCUAGGAGUCUCAGAGGAAAACCGGGACUUUGACACUCCGGAAGACGGAGAUGACUGGACGGAUCAGUCAUGGUGCUGGUGGGGCGGCUGGUACGACUCCGAGUGGGCUGAGCAGGACUUUGGCGAUGGAGAUCCUGACCUACAGCCCGAUCCUCCGUAUGAUGAAGGUGACGAUUCAGCACCUCGUGAACCACGACAUGAAGGAGCUUCUGCGCCUGUUGGUGCGACAGGUUCGUCACCCAGUCACCAACCCGAGGCUGGCCCUCAUGCUGGAGCCGUGCCACCUCCUGUUCCGGAGGAUGAUGGUUUGGGUGACGCCAGCCGACGGCCUCUGGAUAUGAGCAACUUCUUGGGUCAGCGGCGUCACCACUCCGGCUCCUACCACAACUUCGCCGCCUUCUCGGAGGACCAGGACGACUCCUGGCAGGAUGAAUGGGAUGAUUGGUCCCACGCCUAUCAGGCAAGUCAGUGGGAUGAUGAUGACUGGAGCUCUGGUUGGUGGGAUGAUGAGGCCCAACAACUACAAGCUCAGUCGAGUGAGCAGGAAUCACCUGCCCCCACUCCGGACGAUGAUGCCCUACGCGAAGCACAGCAAGCUGAACGGAUGGCCGAGAACUUGGCCAUGGAGGCCACCAGAACAUGGACCGAGGCCCAACGAGCAACGCAGCAACUUCGAAAAGACCGAGGCUUUGGUGCUCCGGGCAAGUUCAAAGGCUAUUGGGCUGAAGCGGAUGACUACUGUGCCAACUACAUCGGCAAGGGCAAGAGCAAGUCCAAGACCAAAGGCAAGAAGGGCUACUGGCUUGAAGGACAGGCAGCCUGGAAGGGCAAGUCGAAGGGAAAGGCUAAGCCUUCUUCUUCGGACGGCUACCGCUCCGUGAAUGCCUACUCUAAGGAGAUGUUCCUUGGUGCCUUUGAGCUCUCUGAGGCCAAUGAGCUUGCUGCUUCUUCAACAACAAGCAUUCCCUCCUCAAGAGGUGUGCUAGACUGUGGAGCAACCGCUUCAGCAGCUCCAGAGGCUGUGGCGCGGGGUCUCAUUUCUUCAGUGCUGGCACAGGACCGGUCGACAACUGUGGAGAUCGAUCAGUCUGCUCGACCAUACUUCAGGUUUGGCAACGGAGUUGGCAUGAUGAUAGACUUUGCGACCGGAUUGGCUAUGAACACCAAGGAGAGUUCCCCCAGUAUCUUUCGGUUGGAUGUCAACAAGAAGGGCCAUUAUGUCUUGGAUGUGGCGAAGGCAGCUCCUCUCGAUUACCAACGAGCCUUCCGAGCGGAUCCCAGGGACCCAAGGAUGGAUCCGAAACAGUGGCCACGCAUGAAUCAGCACAUCCCGAUGCGUCCUCAAAGCAAUGCGCAUGGGGCAUGGCGACACUGUGCCGUGUGCAACCUGAGGAUGGAGUACAUCCCUCGUCAAGGAUGGGCAAUGACCAAGCGGAUGCUGGACGAGCUUCGAGGUCUUCUACAAGAUCGGGUGAAGCCCACGGCAGCGACCUGUGCGGCGAUGCAAAAGAAGAUCGAUGCGGAAGAGCAGCUGAGCAAGUUGAUUUGCGACCACGAGGCCGAGUUCGCUCCUCCUCGCCGCACGACCACUCCGACAUCACCACCAACCGUGGAACCAGCUCCGGCAACACAAAGUUCACCCGCCGAGUCCUCGACUACAAGCUGGCACCCGAUUCACGACAGCCCUCAGGAGAUGAGUCUCGACCUACGCGACACUGGAUCAUCAGCAGUGAUUGGUGACUCGACGGCCACAUGCUCCAGUUCCUUGUCGGCUACCUUGAGGAAUCCACCUAACAACAUCUGCGAGACCUACGGCGACGGCAUCGUCCUAAGAAGCUCUGGUUCAGCCUUCCCUGAGCGCCCUCUUCUUUGGCAUGUGAACGCCUUCAUAAAGGACUCUCUCGAGGAAGACCCCGAGAUUGAUAUCUACUUCGAGUGGUGUUUCGCGCCAAAGUAUGUCCUGGCAAUCAUCAACAUUCCACCAUUGAAGGCCAGGAGACGGCUGCUACGUCCUACUACCCGUGGCGGAUGGUGCAAGCCAUUGCUCGACAUUGGAAGCAACAAUUUGCUCCUCCUCGACAUCAACGUCUACUUGAGUUUCGACAUGAUCUACAUGAUCCUGGCGACUCGACGGGGGUCCGUGCUUGUCUUGGGAGCCUACUCACAUGGUCACCUUAGUGGAGUGAGCCGCUCUACUCUGAAGAACCCCGAGCUGGUGCGCUAUCUCAACGGCUUCUUCAACAAGCACUUGCCCAACGCUUCUUCGUCGAGCUUCAUGGUUUCGUUUGACUGUCCUGCACUUCCUCAUCGAGACUAUCACAAUAUGAAGGGCUCUGAGAACCACCUGAUAUGUGUGGGUUCCUUUGGCAAGGGUGGUCUAUGGGUUUCUGGCUCACCUCCUGCACACCUUCCUUCGGUGCGCCGCCGGAUGCCUGAUGGACAUGUUCAUGAAGGAUAUGUCCUACCAACAAGACAUCAGCUUGUCUCCUUCGAUCCACAAGCCUGGCAUUCGUCUCAAGCCUGGGAUGGCUAUCGAAUAGCGGUCUCUGCAUAUACCACCAGACUGGCUUUGGACUUGGCCGCUUCGGACAGCCAAUGCCUCAGACAACUCGGCUUUCCUCCUCUACGACCACUUCAUCAAGCGAUGACUGCAACAGCCGCCUCGCUUCCAGAGAAUGUAGAUGAGGUUGUCUACAAAAAAUGGGAAGCUCAGGUUGCCAAGCUUCACCGGUCUGCUGGACGUCCGACCAACUGUCGCUCUGGACUACAAGUGUCCUUCACGCCAGUCCUUGAAGAUGGGUGGCACUUCCAGUGGCCAAAUACCUCCUGCUUCUACCAACUGGUGAAACUGAAGUUCAUUGUCUUCAUCUAUGUUGCCACCAAACUGCGGCUAGUACAUCCUUUGUGCAAGUACGACAUCAUGACCAUGCGCACAGAGUCCACUGAGGAUGUCACUCGAGCAUUUACAGAAAGAUGGCUGGCAACCUUUCCGAAGCCACAGGUGCUCCUGACGGACUCUGCAAGGAGCUUCAUCUCCGACUCCUUCCAUGAGUUUGCCUCUUCCCUGAAUAUCCAGGUGCACUUCGUUGCCGAGAAGGAACAUUGGGCACAUGGAAUCGUCGAAGCAGUUGUGCAAGAUGUGAAGAUGACUGCGUCGGCCAUACAUCUGGAAGCUCUUGAUCAAGAUCCCUUCGUGACCCUGCAUUUGGCAGCGUCCGCUCUCAACUCCACCGAGUACACGGCAGGUUACUCAGCCUUUCAGUGGGCCUUCGGCAAACAGUAUAGCAUAUCCGACGAGGAUGUGCGGACUUUUCAUGGCUGUGACUAUCCAGCGGAGUAUGUCAAGCUUGUUACGGCCCGACAGGCAGCAGAGGCAAUUGCUAAGCAGGACAACUGGGUGGAGCAACUACAUGCCGAAGUUGCCGACGAGCAACAGCAUGACCUUCUCAAUCUUCUCGAGUCCUUUGAUGGUGACCUCGACUGCCUCAAGAUUGAGUUCGACCUGGGAGACCUGUCCAACCGUCAGCGGAAGCUUCUUCAACGUAAUCCGGUUGCCUACUUGGUCAAGAAGAUGAGAGACUCUGAAGUUUCCCUGACCAGGUUGUCUGCUGUGGAACGAGCCCUCUUCGAAAGAGCCAAGGCCAAGGAAGUGGACCGCAUGGAUGGUGACCACCCAUUGGUGAUAGGAGCUAUGGGAGGUCAUGUGGAUGACUUUCACCGCGUUGGUGAUGACUCUCCAGAAUGGCUCGUUAUCAAGAAGGCCGUGGACGAAGCGUACAAGUGGGGCAUGAUCAAGACUGGCAGCUAUCGACAUGCCGGCACCGAUGUGAAGACUCUUGUUGAUCAGAACGGCUGGAAGUACAUCACUGUCAGUCAAACGUGCAACCUGCUUCUGACCGAGCUGGUGACCGAUGGCACGCUCGAGACUGCGCGCGAGAUCCAGUCCAUGAUUGGCGAGGUCCGCAAGGAGUCGUAUGUCCUGACGUUCCAGCGCUUCCCCGACGUCCACCACUGGACGGACGUAGUCUUCAUUAGUAUGGUGGACAUCAUUCUUCGCGACCUCUUCGAGAAGACCUUGUGGAUGUCAUGGAGAUACGAUGCAGUGGAAGUGAACGAGUCUCCACUGCUUGGCUUGUCAAACAUGAGGGCUGCUCUGCAAGCUUUCCAACUUCGAGACAACCUCCGCCGGACAGGAACCGAACUUCGCUGGCUGGCGAGUGACUUCGAUCUUGCUGAUGCUCUCACAAGGCGGAAACUUGAAGCUCGUCUUGGACUUCUUCGCUUCUUACAGGGCGGCAAGUGGGCCAUCAAGUACGACCCCUCCUUCCGUAGCGCCAAGAAGAGCAAGAAGGUCGGCAAGAGUGCCCUGGACACGAUCAAGACCACCAUGGAGGUCAGUGAGCAGUUUGUGCCCGAUGGUUCGUAA